AUGACUGUUCAUUUGACAGUCAAAUUAAACAGAAAAUCGCAACCAGGACGCGUCCAAGUCAUGUAAACCGAACAAAAAUAGAAGACUGAAAUAGCAUUUCAGCUUUGUGAUCAUAGAUUAGUUUACUGAACCCGCUUUUUUCCUCAAACCCGCAUCGGCGGAGAACAGACAGAGAAUAUCAGGGUCUCAAAUCAUAUGGCAAGAUGUCAGAUAUCGGGGACUGGUUUAAAAACAUCCCUUUCGUCACUCGUUACUGGUUUGCUGGCGCUAUCGCUGUUCCGUUGAUAGGAAAGUUUGGAUUGAUCAAUCCUAUGUAUCUUGUUUUAUGGCCGGAGGCAUUCUUUCAUAAAUUCCAGAUAUGGAGACCGAUAUCAGCAACAUUGUAUUUCCCUGUUGGCCCAGGGACAGGUUUUCUCUACCUGGUUAAUUUGUAUUUCCUCUACCAGUACUCCACUAGGCUUGAAACAGGCGCUUUUGAUGGAAGACCAGCAGACUACAUUUUUAUGCUUCUGUUCAACUGGAUUUGCAUUGUUAUAACAGGCCUAAUGAUGGAUAUGCAGCUCCUGAUGAUCCCUUUGAUCAUGUCUGUUCUUUACAUCUGGGCUCAGCUAAAUCGAGACACGAUUGUAUCUUUCUGGUUUGGCACCAGAUUCAAGGCUUGUUAUCUCCCUUGGGUCAUUCUGGGAUUCAACUAUAUCAUCGGUGGCUCUGUUGUCAAUGAGCUGAUUGGGAACCUAGUUGGCCACCUUUACUUCUUUCUGAUGUUCAAAUACCCUAUGGACCUGGGUGGCAGGUCCUUCCUCUCUACCCCACAGUUCCUGUACCAGAUGUUCCCCAAUCGACGAGGUGGGGUGUCUGGAUUUGGUGUUCCCCCAAGCAGGAGACCUGUGCCCCAGGAGCAGGCAGGAGGUGGUGGUGGACGCCAUAACUGGGGUCAAGGCUUUCGGCUGGGGGAUGACUGAAGCCUUUACCUUAAUGCAUCCAUGGAUAAUUACUGAAACUUCUAACAUCAAUGCUGCAGAAUAUGGAUUUUAUAUAAUUUUUGUUUGUUGCUUUUCUUUUGACCUACAAGGAAAAGAGAAAUGUGAUGGAGCUCUGUCCCAGUGUUACUUAUUUUCAUUUUACACUCAAUGACAUUUUACACUGAGUUUCACAGUGUACAAAGGCUCUGCUAAAAUACCUUCUGUAGCAGAGUUGGUUCAAUGGUAAGAAAUUCAGGGGACUUUGUCUUUUCCAGAAUAUGACAAUAUUCAGUGUAUGGAGGCUACAUAUUAUUUGCGCAGUCAAAAACUUAAGAUGUUUCAUUUCUCUAUGGACUGUUAAAUAGCUUAUUUGUUUCAGAAUGGUCAUGAAUUCAAUCACCAGUUUUUAUAAAUCAACUAAUUUGAUUCUAAAAUUCAUUAGGUUUACUUUACAUUUCGUGAAUUGCCAAUUAGAAUUUGCAGAUGAAAGUGCUGUGCAUAUUUCAGUCUGUUAACAUGUAAAAAAUUAUGUUUAGAUGCAAGCCUUGUGUAAAGGGUAUCAAUCCAUCCAAUUACAGAAAAACAUCCAUGCACUUUUCACACAUUAUUGAUGAUUAAACAAGUUAACAAUUACCUUGUGAUAUAUACUGUAUGCAAAAACACAUGCACACUAAAUCUGGAAGUGUUCCCAAUCAUACAGUUUACUGAACAAUAAGCAAAAAGAAAUCAAAGUAAACAUUAGCUGUUAGUACACUGGUAGUUAUAUUUUUACACUUCAGUAUUAUGACAUACUGAAGUGGUUAAAUGUGAUUGUAUGUUCCUCAAAAUUAUUUUGAUAAUGUGCUUUACACACACACACACACACAAAAAACAGCAGCAUAAUACAGAUACCAUGAUAUGUGCAAAUGGUAUAACAGUUAUAUCUUGCCAAUAUCCUUUUCAAAUAAAGCAGUUAAUACUGUUACAAAUCGCAAUCUUUACUAAAUGUUCUGUUUAAAUGUUUCAUUUUACCGAGUGCUCCUCAAUUACUGAUGCUACAAAAAAUUAAGAGCUAUGUUGCUUGCUAAAUUUAUUCAUUGCAGUGUCUUGAGAGAGACACUCAGGAUACAAGCACCUUUAAAAUGUGUUCAUCUCUUGCAGUACCCUCAUUUUUGUUCAAUCUCAUUACUGAACUCCUAAAGAGAAUGUGCUCUGUUGGCUGAAUUUUUACUUUGGAAAUGUUGCUGUUUUUGGUAAACAAUGAGACUCCAAACAAGCUUUUAAUCAGAUGUGUUUUACUGAAUUACAGCAGACUGGUUCUUAUAAAGAGCAAGCAGGAUUCUUGAAUGCAGUACAGUAUUCCAGAUACAUGUCUGAACAUGACAAUAAAGCAGCUGCAAGAAAAAGAAAUACACUGAAUUGAGCCAAAAGCAGUUCACAGCUGAGUAGUGGAAAUGGGGAAACUAUGCCUUGGAUACCUGGAAAUGCCAAAAUCUGAAAUAUUGCCAAAAAUGAGACUAUAACAAAUAAACAUAAGCUGUGCAUGA